AUGGUGAGGAAUCUCGACAACCUGGACUUCCAUCUGCCUUCACAUGCCCAAGACAUGCUGGACGGCUUGCAGCGUGUGCGUUCCCUGCCCAAGCUGGCCGAUGUCACUCUCCUGGUUGGUAACCAGGAGCUGCCCUGCCACCGCAGCCUUCUGGCUCUGAGCAGCCCCUACUUCCACGCAAUGUUUGCUGGAGACUUUGCUGAGAGCUUUUCGGCCCGUGUGGAGCUGCGCGACGUAGAGCCGGUCGCGGUGGCACAGCUGGUGGACUUUGUGUACACUGGCCGGCUGACCAUCACCCAGAAGAACGUGGAGGCGCUGACCCGCACCGCUUCGCGCCUUCACUUCCCCACUGUGCAGAAGGUCUGUGGCCGAUACCUCCAGCAGCAGUUAGAUGCCACCAACUGCCUGGGCAUCUGCGAGUUUGGGGAGCAGCAGGGGCUGUUAGGCGUGGCGGCCAAAGCCUGGGCCUUCCUGCGGGAGAACUUUGAGGCAGUGGCUCAGGAGGAUGAGUUUUUGCAGCUGCCUAGAGACCGGCUGGCCACCUGUCUGGCCAGUGACCUGCUGCAGGUACAACCGGAGCAGAGUCGGCUCGAGGCCCUGCUGCGCUGGGUGCGCCAUGACCCCCAGGACCGGUCUGCCCAUCUGCCAGAGCUCCUUAGCCUGGUGCAUCUGGAUGCUGUGCCGAGGCCCCGUGUACAGCAGUUGCUGGCCACAGAGCCGCUGAUUCAGGAGUCAGAGGCAUGCCAGGAGGCCCUGUCCCAGGGCCACAGUGGGGAACUUCCUGGCCACCCACAGAAGAUGCAGGAGGUACUGGUGGUCGUAGGAGGGCGGGCACUGGAGGAGGACGAGGAGGGUGGUGAAGAACCUAGCCGCCACACUGGGAACUUUGCUUUCUACAACACCAAGGCCAGGCAGUGGAUGGCACUCCCAGACUUCCCUGAUUACCACAAGUGGGGCUUCUCCCUGGCAGCGCUCAACAGUGACGUCUAUGUCACAGGUGGCUCACGGGGCACCAAAACAGACACCUGGUCAACCACUCAAGCCUGGUGCUUCCCGCUGAAGGAAGCUGUCUGGAAGCCUGUGGCACCCAUGCUGAAGGCCCGCACGAACCACGCCAGUACAGCUCUGAAUGGAGAGAUCUAUGCCAUAGGUGGCACUGCCCUGGAUGCGGUAGAGGUGGAGCGUUACGACCCCUAUACGGACAGCUGGACUCCCGUCAGCCCAGCCCUCAAGUAUGUCAGCAACUUCUCGGCUGCCAGCUGCCAGGGCCGCCUCUACCUAGUGGGCUCCAGCGCCUGCAAGUACAACAGGCUGGCUCUCCAGUGCUACACCCCCGUGACAGAUGCAUGGAGUGUGAUCGCCUCACCUUUCCUGCCCAAGUACCUGUCCUCUCCACGCUGCGCUGCCCUGAAUGGAGCCCUCUAUCUCAUUGGUGACAACACCAAGAAAGUCUAUGUGUAUGACCCGGGGGCCAACCUGUGGCAGAAGGUGCAGUCUCAGCACAGCCUACACGAGAACGGCGCCCUGGUCUCUCUGGGUGAUGCGCUGUAUGUGACAGGCGGGCGCUGGCAAGGCAUGGACGGUGACUACCACGUGGAAAUGGAGGCCUACGACACUGUGAGGGAUUCCUGGGCCCGUCACGGCUCCCUGCCCCGUCUCUGGCUCUACCAUGGGGCCUCUACCAUCUUUCUGGACAUCUCGAAGUGGACGCAGCCCUUCAGCCCCGGGGCCGGUCAGGAACACUAG